AUGGGACCUUUACUUGCACUUGGGCAUAGAAAAACACUGAACCUUGAAGAUGUUCCUCAUCUUGCUAAUUGUGAUAGUGCCAAUGUGGUCUUCACACGUUUUAAAAACAUGCUUGAAUCUGAUGAUAAUGACAAUGAUAAUGGUGGUCAAAUAAACACACUCAAGUUGGUGAAGGCAUUGAUUCUCUCAACAAUGAAAGAAAUUCUAUGGACAACUAUACUCCACAUUUUAUGCACAUUGGCUUCUUAUGUUGGACCAUAUCUUAUUAAGGCCUUUGUUCAGUAUCUCAAUAGCUCUCACCAACUAAAAUAUAGAGGCUAUGCUCUAGUGUUUAUUUUCUUUCUUUCAAAACUCAUAAGGUGCAUCUCAGAGAGACUCUUGUUCUUUCAAUUGCGUAAGACGGGAAUUAAAGUUCGUGCUGCUUUGUUCUCAAUAAUUUAUAAAAAGGGUCUUAUGCUUUCAAGUCAAUCAAGACAAGAGCAUACUAGUGGGGAGAACAUUAAUUUGAUGAGUGUUGAUGUUGAGAGGAUCGGCCUUUUCAGUUGGUACUUUCAUAAUAUUUGGGUAGUGCCUAUUCAACUUGUUUUAGCAUUAUUUAUCUUGUACAAGAACCUUGGGCUUGCUUCACUUGUAGCUUUUGUUUCCACAAUAAUUUUGAUGUUGGCAAAUAUUCCACUAGGAAAACUACAGGAUAAAUUUCAAAGAGAAUUGAUGGAUUCAAAAGAUCGACGGAUGAAAGUGACAUCUGAGGCUUUGAGGAAUAUGAGGAUUCUCAAGCUACAAGGUUGGGAGAUGAAAUUCUUGGCCAAGAUUAUUGAGCAUAGGAACUUUGAAACAAUAUGGUUAAAAAAAUUACUUUAUUCAUUAGCUAUGAUUUCCUUCGUCUACUUAUCUGCCCCCAUGUUUGUAUCCAUUGUUACUUUUGGAUUCUGUAUGCUUAUAGGAAUUCCAUUAGAGCCAGGGAAUAUUUUAUCUGCACUUGCAACAUUUGAGAUAUUGCAAGUGCCCAUUUAUAAUCUUCCAGACACAAUCUCCAUGGUUGUACAGACUAAAGUUUCCCUCAACAGGAUAACUACAUUCCUCUGUCUCAAUGAUCUUCAUCUGAAUAUAGUACAGAAGCUUCCAAGAGAGGGUACCAAUGUUGUAGUUGAGGUAGUCAAGGGGAAUUUCUCUUGGGACCUUCAUACUUCUAACCUCACAUUAAAAGAUCUUAAUUUCCAGGUGCUUCGUGGGAUGACAGUUGCUGUUUGUGGUUCUGUUGGGUGGGGCAAGUCAAGCCUACUUUCAUGCAUAUUAGGGGAAAUACCAAAAAUAUCUGGAGCUAUUAAGUUAAAUGGGACAAAGGCCUAUGUUGCACAAUCACCUUGGAUACAGAGUGGUAAGAUAGUAGACAAUAUAUUGUUUGGUAAGGAAAUGGACAAGGAAAGGUAUGAGAUGAUUCUUGAAGCAUGUUCAUUGAAGAAGGACUUAGAACUGUGUACUUUUGGGGACCAGACUAUCAUAGGGGAGAGAGGGAUCAACUUGAGUGGUGGACAAAAACAACGAAUACAGAUUGCACGUGCUUUGUACUAUAAUGCUGAUAUAUAUCUGCUUGAUGAUCCUUUUAGUUCUGUGGAUGCUUACACAGGAACUCAUUUAUUUAAGGAGUGCUUGCUGGGAAUUUUGGCUUCAAAAACGGUAAUUUAUGUUACCCAUCAAGUAGAGUUUUUACCUUCUGCAGAUCUUAUUCUGGUUAUGAGAGAUGGAAUGAUUACUCAAGCAGGAAAGUAUGAAGAAAUUCUUAAUUCAGGAACUGACUUUAUGGAAUUAGUGGAUACACAUAAGAAAGCUUUGGCUGACCUUAAUUCUAUCAAUCAUGGGGUUGUUUCUCAUAAUUUAGUUAAUGGUGAAGAAGAUGGUAAUACGUUGUGUAGCAAGAAGUCUAAUCAAAAUGAUGAGGAAAAUGAAUCUAAAAAUUACCAAACAGAAAAGUUAAUUGGGACAGAAGGGCAACUUGUCCAAGAAGAAAAGAGAGAAAAAGGUGGUAUUAGUCUUUCAUUCUAUUGGAAGUAUGCUACCAUUGCAUAUAAAGGUGCUUUUGUACCAUUGAUAUUUGUAACACAAAUUCUUUUUCAGCUUCUCCAAAUCGGCAGUAGUUAUUGGAUAGUAAUACCUCAUGUUAAAGGAUCCACUCUAUUAUUUGUUUAUGUUGUUUUGUUUAUGGGAAGCUCUCUUUGUAUACUUAUAAGGUCCAUGCUCAUUGUAACUAUUGGAUAUAAAACAGCCACUCUUCUCUUCAACAAAAUGCAUUUGUGCAUUUUUCAUGCUCAUAUGUCAUUUUUUGAUUCUACUCCAACUGGACGGAUUCUAAAUCGGGUUAUCGCAUGGAAAAUGUUAAUAGUUUUUAUCCCGAUGUUUGUGACAUGCAUUUGGUGCCAGCGAUACUACACAUCUGCAGCACGAGAAUUUUCACGUCUAGCUGGAGUAUGCCAAGCUCCAAUUAUACAACAUUUUGUGGAAUCUAGUAUAGGAUCAAUCACAAUUAGGUGCUUCGAUCAAGAAGAAAGGUUUAUGGAGACAAAUCUCAAGUUGGUGGAUGGGUAUUCCCGUCCCAAAUUUCAUCUCUCUGGUGCAAUUGAGUGGUUAUGCUUCCGCAUGGAUAUGUUGACAUCUAUCACAUAUGCUAUCUCUUUGGUUUUUUUGAUCUCAAUGCCAAAGGGAAUUCUUAGUCCUGGUGUUAUGGGUUUAGCAGUCACAUAUGGGCUUACUUUUAGCAUGCAUGCAGUCAUAUGGGCUCUUUGUAAUCUUGAGAAUAAAAUUAUAUCCAUUGAGAGAAUAUUGCAGUAUACUCGCAUCCCUAGUGAACCCCCUCUGUUGGUAGAAGAAAAUAGAUUAGAUUGUAAAUGGCCGUCACAAGGGAAAAUUGAUGUUAUUGAUCUACAGGUCUGGUAUGCACCACAUCUUCCUCUCGUCUUGCGAGGUCUCACAUGCACUUUCACAGGAGGGAUGAAAAUUGGCAUUGUUGGGCGAACGGGAAGUGGUAAAUCGACUCUUGUACAGGCUCUCUUCCGCAUGCUUGAACCUAUAGCCGGUCAAAUUUUGAUAGAUGAUAUCAACAUUUCUAAGAUUGGCCUUCAUGAUUUGAGGUCAAGUUUGAGCAUUAUCCCACAAGACCCAACAAUGUUUGAGGGGACGUUAAGAAGCAACCUUGACCCGCUUGAAGAAUACACUGAUGAACAAAUUUGGGAGGCAUUAGAAAAAUGUCAACUUGGUGAUGGAGUUAGAAAGAACGAAGGGAAGCUUGAUUUUGCAGUGACUGAAAAUGGAGAGAAUUGGAGCAUGGGCCAAAGACAACUACUUUGUUUAGGGCGGGUAUUACUCAAGAGGAGUAAAGUGCUAGUGCUUGAUGAAGCUACUGCAUCAGUGGAUACCAUGACUGACUACCUAAUUCAGCAAACAAUUAGUCAACACUUCUCAGGGUCUACUGUCAUCACAAUUGCACAUAGAAUAACAUCAAUUCUAAGUGUUGACAAGGUCCUUCUUCUUGAUAAUGGCCGUGUACUGGAAUAUGAUUCGCCAACCAAAUUGCUAGAGAUCAAAUCUUCAUCAUUUGCAAAACUUGUUAAGGAGUAUACUCGUAGAUGUAGUUACUAGUCUUUGAAAAGCUAAAUAAAUGAGUUUUGAAUGUUCAAA